UGUAUCAUUUAUCACGUAGUUUUAGCGUAUAUUGCAAAAUGCUUUCCACGACUCAUUGGAUUUCUGCAUUCCUAUUUUGGGGAUUCGCCAAAAGUUUCGUCUUACUUGGAGAAGAAGAAAGGAAUCAAAAUGCCCUCAAUGUCUUUGCUGAUGACAGUCUUCCACAAAAUUCAUUGUUUUUUGAUGUAAUUCUACCAGAAAGCCAUGAAAUCAAAGCUAAAGGCUUGAAUCAAACUAGUGGUAUGAAUCAGUCUUCCAAUCAGAGAAAGGCAAGCCAUGUUUUGUCCAAAACUAUCGAGAGUGAAAAACAGACUCAAAAUGCCGGAACAAGUACUGCUUCAAAAACACUUCCGAGAGCAAGAUUGUCACAGAAAAAGAAAUCGAGAAAAAUGAUUAUAAAGAAAAGACGCAGUCCAUCAGUCAGGUACCCGACUCAGCCGAGAAGACGUGGGCUAGCCGACACAGGACUUGGGUUGAAUGGCGUUGCUUCUAAAAAUCCGUGGAACUCAUUGCCCCCUGAGAAACCGGGCAUUUAUAUUUCUCCAAUGCCCGGAUCUGGUGGUAUCAACGGAGACACCGCUGAUGAUUUGUACACUUACACGUUUGUGGAGGAUAACAAAUUUGAACUGAGAGGUUCUGCAAGCAUUAAUUUUGAUGGAGUCGACAAAUUUAGAAUCACUUUUGAAUAUUCCAUCACUGGAGACGGUAACGCAACCGCCCAUCUUGUGACCCCGGAACAGGAAGCCAAAUAUCCUGCAUGGGAUGAAAAUGGAAUAGGAAGCACCCUCUCGCGGCCAAACAGUUGUCACCUACAAGCCAGUGAAAACCGGACCGAACCGGUUGAAAAUUGCCCGACGAAGCAACCAAACACAAUGUAUCCAGUGCAGGGAGAUUCAGGGACGCCGCCUCCGAGGCGCAUCGGCGCAAGACGAUCUCGAGUGCAACCAGGAACAGAUACUCGCUAUCCUUUUCUAGAUGACCAAUACUCCUUUCUGACGUCAUCUCUGAUGUCACCAUACGGACCAUCAUUAUCUGAAUCGUUUAUAUUUCCUAAUCAGCCUGUUCCAUCUUUUAACCUGAACCCGCAGGUCAACGAAUACGUCAACAAAAAAUGUGACGUCACAACCUCGACAUACGUCAGAAAAUGGUUGUGUAUAGGACGCACUGCUCCACCUUGUUUUAUGAUGCUCAUGCAAGGCUCCAAGUAUAAGGUGGUAAAGAAGAUUUGCCCACAAAGGGUGUAUGCGAAGAAUUUGAUAUGAACACUCAACACCGAAACAAAUUAGGUGAUUGUUAUUCAGAAAAGCGCGCCGUGACCGGUGCAGCGUGUGAGGGGUAAUCACGCAUAUCUUUAUCGCGCCAUAAUAAUAUUCAUAAAACGUCAUGUUAAAAUCAUAUCAAAAUACCUAUGCUUCCAAUAAUAUUUUCAUAAUCUUGUAGAGGAGUCCUAAAAAGUUAAUUCUUUCAUUCCGAGAGUUGGGUAGUUGAUUACCAAACACUUCAUAUUUUUACCAUUCAUUUUAUCCAAACGGUAAUCCGGUGGUUAAGUGAACCACCAUGAAAUGACAAAGUUAGUAGCACUUUUUUUCGGCGGAAUCAUUCCGAAGUAAAUAUCACAAAUAUCAUUCUGAAUAUCAUGUCGCUUGCUAAACUUCGAUAUCGGCCAUGAAAUAUUGACCUAUAUUUGCGUUAUAUUUUGCCAUGUUUUAUGAAUUGAAGUUCCGACCUUAGGUCACAGACCUGAUUCAGAUACAGAUUCUUCCAUCUGCUUCAUAUUCUGUCUUGUAUUUCAGAAAGACAACGAUGACAAAAUUAUUAUUUUAAUGUAUUUUAUUGCAUUUGUAUAAUAAAGUGAUCGUUUAAUAUUUCUCGACAAAGGUAUGAUCACUUUCCACUGUCUGAGACAUAAAUAUAAUAAAGAAAAUAAUAAAUGGAA